CUCUCUCUCCUUCUCUUCCUCUCUCCUUCUUUCUCUCCCAUCCCACUUUCUUCUGUGUCUGUUGACUUUGUUAUACACGGUGGACAGGAUCGCCAAUGAUAGUCUUUAGGAGAAGCAAAAGGGACUUCUCUCUCCCAAGGGCUGUCUCUCUUCAGUUACACUCUCACCUCUACCAGUCAUUGUUUUCAGAUGUUUCAGGUGGCUUGCCAUGCUUGACCCAGCCUAGUUAACUUUUUCACUCCAAGGGAGGUAGUGCUAGCCCAAUUAGAACCACAUAAGGAAGGAGUUAACCAAAGAAUAUUGGGGCACCAGGUAGGCAGGGAAAAAGAGAUAUCCAUUACAUUGUGUGCAACACUUAACAGAGGCACCGAAAUUAGCUAAAGCAUUUUCUACACAAUAUCCAAAGGACAUGAGAGGUAAUAUUUACCCAAAGAUAAGGUUUCACCCAAAGACACAGUGACCAACUUUUUUCAAUUUGCCCAGGACUUUUCUGGUUUAACACUGUAAGCCUCAUGCCCUGGAAAACUCCUUAGCCCCAAGCAAACCAUCUUAGUUUGUCUGGACUAUCGGGUUUUACACUGAAAGUCCCACAUCUGGGGAACCCCCUAAGUCCCAGGCAAACCAAGAUAGCUGGUCACCCUGUCCAAACAUGGCACUUGUAAGUGUAAAUGUUAGCUGCAUUUGAACUCUUAGUAAGUGAGCUUAUAAGGUACUGCAUCUGUAGAAGAAUGAUGUAGUAUGGUACAUCCAAAACAGCAGCCGGUCUUAUGGAAAAAAUGCUUAUCAUGCCUGUUUGAUCUAGAGUUGUAGGAUCUGCCCCUUUGCUUUUCUUCCCCCUCUGCCUUCUUUGUUUUCCUUUCAUUGUGUCUUUCUUUCUCCCUUUUUUUCUACCCCCCCCCCCGCCUUUCUUUCCUUCCUUCUUGCCUUCCUACUGACCUUCCUUCCUUCCCUCUCUUAUUUUCCUCUUUCUCUUUUACUUUCUUUUCUGGUGACAUGUUGACCUUUCAAAUUGCAUAUGGCUUAGAUUAUGUUUCAAAUCUUCAAAGGAGCUCUUAUGCAUUGUUUGACUGAGAUAAACUGGCCACCGUACAUUCAUUUAUCCCAGAUAAUGCCCCAAAUAAGUGGAAAGAUCAUUGCUGAUUAAGACGAGCAACAUACGGGUGAUUACUAGGAGUUUGCUGAGAAAGCACAGUCACGAUGUUGGGCAUGAAAAAUGAAAUAAUUAGGAUGGGGAGCAGAAAAGACAGUGAUGGUUGUGAAAUGAGGAAUUGGGAGACUGGAAGAAUUUGAGAUUGAGUUCCUUCAAGGGACAUUUUGGUUUAAGUGUUUACAUAGAGGUUACAUCUACUACCAAUGGAAAUUGCUAAGAUUUGGGAGCUCUCUCUUCCUUUGAAUCAAUAUUAUCAUUAAUUAAGCAAUGUAAACCAGGAAAUCCUUCCUGGUUACAAACUAUGCUUUGAAGCCAGGCUUGCAUUUGAGUGUUUUCAAUCAAAAUCUUAGAAUAAAAUUGGAAAGAAAGCAAUUUCUCAUCUUCAAAGGAGAGCUAUCCAUGGGGAAAACAGUCUUCUGAAUUAUACUUCAGAGAAUGAUGAGAAUUUUGUUGCCCUUAUUGAAGUGCUGCAGUUCUAAAGAAAUAACUACACUUUGGAGACAAAUCCAAAUGCUCCCUUAUAGCAAGGUUCCACCCACAAGUCAAGGUCAUUGACUUAGGACUUCCACGAAAUGUGGGUUUUUCACAUAUUAGUACUCACAUUAUUGUCAUAAUUUUUGUCCUUGCAUGGUACCACCUGUGCCAUUUAUUUACCUAACAUCUUGCUGCAAAUUUACUUUUUAAUUAGAUACACUAAGCCAAUGCACCCAAUGCAGCCAAUGCAGCUUAUUAGGGCUCAUGAAUACCCUUUGUGGGAAGAAUAGUAUUGUCACUCAGAAGAAAAGCACUAUACUAUGGAUGCAUUGAGUAAAGCCUGGGAGACUCACCACCUGGUUCUCAGCUUAGUUCUACCUUCUGGUAGCCUUGAAAUUUGGGAUUAAUUUCAAUUUUCUAUUCAUAUAGUUGUAAGGAUUAAUUGGUUGUAAAAAUUGAGGAACAAUGUUAGCACAUAACAAAUGUUAGCUAAGAUUCUUUUCUUAGUCCAUUAGUGAAGAGAGAGAUUUGCAUAGUCCUGUAGUGCAGAAGAGACACUUUUGGGAGGAAAUGUGUCAUAGCUAGGAAGGGACAAAGGACACAUCAUCAUCUUUGUUUCUAAACUGGUUUCCCCCAGACCAGGUUUUUAUCACUUGUGGCUUGAAUAAUCAAGAAGGGAAAACAAGAUUUUGUGAAUCUGUCCACACAAGUUGAGCCUAUUAAGGGCCCAAGUUUGAAAAAAAGCCCAGAGUUAGGGAGAGGAUAGGAUGCCCUUCCUCUAAAGAAAAACCAACAUCAUUUUGCUGUUAACAACGAUUUCAGAUGAUUUUUUUUAACAUUCUAGCCUCUGAUUAUUUUUAGUGUUUAGGUUAUUUUUCAUGUGUUUAUUUUUUGCCUGGCAACCAUAUUGAAUGUAUAUUCUUUCUAAUAGGCUUUUAAAAUUUGCAUGCAUUGUUUGGGUAUGCAACUGUGGUAUCUUUCAAUAAUGAUACAUUUGCUUCUUCUAAUCCAAUUCCUGUACCUCUUAAUUUUGUUUCUUGUCUUAUCACAUAUAAAUUAUUUUACUACUAUUUAGGAAUGAUUAAACUAGUAUUGCAUUCUUGGAUACACUAUGGUAAGGAUGAUCUUGAGAACGUAGCAACUAAAGCCCAAGAAAUAGCUAAAAAUAUGUUGCAAUAAUUUGAAUGUAUUGUGACAAUGCCAUGGACAAAGACAAUGGGUAAAAGAGCAUACAGAAAAAAAAAUCACUGAGUCAUAUGUUAAUUGAAUAAAUGAAUGAACAUAAUGGAAUGUAAGAAUCAAAGCUUGACUGUAAGGCUUCAAGUGUGUAAUGACACCAGAAGAUUAGCAUUCAUAUCAGUCAGGAAUCAGAAAAAUAAAAAUCACUCUAGGUAGGGAUUGAACAUGAGAAAUCAAAGCCUUAAACAACCAUCAAAAGAACUGUAGAGAAUCUACGCAUAAAAUUAAAUUGCACUGAACUUUACAACAUACAAAUGAACCAUGCAAAACUAGUGAAAUCUGAAUAUGUUCUACAAUCUACUUAAUAGUGUUGUACUGAUGCCAACUUCUAGUUUUGAUAUAUUACAGUGAUAAAAGAUGUCAUUAUUGAGGGGAGCUAGUUUUUGUUUUAUUUGGUUUUUAUGCAACUUUUUUUUUGCAACCUCCUAAGAGUAUGCCAUUAUUUCUAAAUUAAAAAAAAAAAAAGGCUGUGGAACCAAUAUUUGGAGAAGAGACCAUGAUGUUUUUCUGGAAACUCAGAAGUGCAGGGUUGCUGGAAAACCACACUAGACUAUGUGAUUCCAGGAUCUCACUCAAAAGCUCCUACAAACUUUGCAUCAUUUGAGUGUCCUCACUCUGACUGCGACUGCCACCAAAGGGUGUCCCCUCAUUCAUUUCUGCCUUUGACAUCCCUGUGGUGCCCUCAUUGGCUGGUUCUAAGCAGGGAAACUGACUGGAAAAGUUUUGAGGAAAUUUAGUUUCAGGUGUCGAGUCCCUGAAAUAUAAGAGAGAGUAGAAAGAUCCAGGGAUAAUGCUGAGUUAAAACCUGUAUCCCAGCUCACUGACGUUUAAUAAAUACUAGAAAUUUAUAAUCUAGUCUUUGAAAAGGGGAUUUGAAGAAGGAAAUUAGUCAAAUUUUUCAGUUUGUGAAUGAAGAAAAUUCAUAAAUAAUUUCAUUUCCCAGCAUAGUUUCUCGGUCUCUGCCAAGCUAUCUUCAUCCAAAAGAAUUUCUAAUAAGCAAAUUUUUAUAACAUUUUACAGUUUAUAAAACAAUUUCACAUGGACUCUGUCAUUGGCCCACCAAACACAGAUGAGAAACAGAUAAUAAUGAAAACACUUAAUACCUAUCUGGAACUUUCACUAAUGUUAUCACAUUUCCUUGCAACACACUGACAAAAGCAUCUUCCUUGUAAUUCUCUAACAUAGCACGUUGUCUUUCCAUAUCUUUGCACAUGUGGCUUCUAUUGCUGAGAAUGUCUUUCCUGGUACAAAUUCCUGCUUGACAAGUCCUAUACCGCCUCAUGCCUUGUUGCAUCGGAAUCUCUCUUUCGUCUCUUUCCUGAAAGAGACCGAGGCUAGAGCAGUAUGAAUAGGCAGCCCCCACCGUGCAGAGGGCCAGGCUGUGCUGCCCUUACAGGAAUCUGAGCGUUGACCAGAAGGCUGGCAGGUGUGACCCAAGGCGCCCCGUUCAGCUAUUGUUUCUUAUUCCAAGAACCUCACUCUUGAUGAGCCAAAUCUAGUUUCCUUGUGCAAAACAGCAAGGAGAAAAAUGAAUUUGGUGAUAACAGAGGGCUUAACAUUAGUGGUCUAAUGGUUGGAGAUAUUUCAGUGAACCAGACAUCCCUGCCCACAGUGAAACCUACAAACCAGUGAGGAAGACAAGCAUUAUGCAAUUAUCUUAAAAAUAUACAACUCCUCAACUACUAUAGCUAUGAAGUAACAUUUGUAAAGAUGUACAAAAAGGAAACAAUAAUGAAGGGGAAGGAUAGGAGAGUAUAAGGGAGAGCUAGAGCAGGUACAGGGCAAGUCAAAGAAAGCUUCCCUGAGGUAAGGACACCAGUUGAGUUCAAACUGAUGAGAAGGAUUUAUCAACACAGAGGAGUCUGGGAGGAAAGCAGGAAGAGAAAAAGAACGUUCUGGGCAGACUCCCGACAGCUGUCAGCCUAAAUUCAGUGGGGAGUCCCUAAAGAAAACCACAGAGUUCCCCUUCACCCCCUCCCCUUCUCACCGGGUAACACCUCCCUGACGUGAGGCAGCUGAGCUCAGUGUUAGCAGGAAAGAAACAUAGAGCUUCAUGGCUCAGAGCCCAGGAGAAAAGAGGGGAUGGAGGCAGAUUGUGUCAUGAAAAGAACAUGGUGCUGGUCAUCACAAUUUACAUGUGGACACUGCCACUUACUAGAUUUGUGACCUUGGAAAAGUCACUACCAGCCUCUGAAAAUUGUUACGAGGAUUCAAUGAGAAAAGAAACAAGUGGGGCCUUAUACCCAGUGAGUGCUCCGUAAUGUUAGCUUAAUGUUCUCACUUUCUCCAGGUCUGCUCUGGACUCAACUGCGUCCCUUCAAAGUUCGUAGGUUGAAGUCCUGACAUAUAGGGUAAUGAGACUGUAUUUGCAGAUAAGAGUCUUUAGGAGGUAAUUAAGGUUAAGUAAGCUAUAGGGGCAGAGCCCUGCUCCACAUGGACCGUGGCCUUAUAAGAAGAGGGAGAGAGGGACAGAGGGACAGAGGGAGAGAGGGAGGGAGGGAGGGAGAGCCCUCCCACUCUCCAUCAUGUGGGGAUACAGUGACAGGCAGCUGUCCACAAGCCAGGGAAAGGGCUCUCACCAGAACCUGACCAUGCUGACACCCCAUCUCAGACUUCCAGCCUCCAGAACCAUGAGAAAGUUAAUUUCUGUUGCUAAAGUUCCCUGUCUAUGGCAGUUCGUUAUGGUGGCCCAAAAACUGCUCUUAGAGAUGAUGGAGUGCAAAUCUUAACUGCAAUGACAUUCGAAGAAUGAAUUUAUGAAAGGGCAAAGGAAGGGAAUGGGAUAACUAAACAGGACUGGGGGUUUGAGCAUUUUCAUCAGUGAGGCUGGUCUCGAUCCAUUUGCUGUCUGGCCGUGAAUACUUGGAUGUACAAGUACAUCCUGUGUCCAGGAUGCACACAGCCUCACAUGUGUCAAAACUCUACAGAUGGUUUUCUGUGUGGUUGAGGAAAACAUUUUCUCCUUCUUUUCAUUCUUACUGUUGCAUGAGAGAUGGAAGGACACAUAAACUCUAAGAAAGAAAGAAGAUCAGUAGUGGCCAGACCGGGGAUACAAGCGCCAAGAGAUGGCAUAAUAAGGAAAGAAAGGCAAAGUAUACUCCUUAAAAGGAGAAGGAAACAAGUCCAAGAACCCAGGAUAGAGGACGUGGCAUCAUCCCAUCAACAGAGCUUUCUGUGUGAAAUGCUAUUCGGGAUGCUGGAAAAUACUUCCUCACAAUUUCAAAGCCUGCAAGUGUUGAUAAGCACGACCUCCAUGCAGAAUGCAUUUGAUCUUCCCACUGCAAAAUGAGGCAAGCCCGGCAGGACAGGGAUUAUGUCUCCAGGGAGGAAAUUGUGGUUUGUAAUGCUUCAAUGAAGUUCCCUUGGCUGAUGAGUGUUAGAGGCAGUAGCCAAGCCUUGAUUUUCUGAUUCCAGACCCAGUGUCCUUUCUGUGGCAAAUGUCCAAACAUGCUCUACCUUGCAUCUGAUCUUGACCUGGUUUUCCAAGGUCAAAAGUUUUCUCCGUGUCCUGUCUUCUUCCUUGACCCAAGGAAAUUCUCUGCCCCAACAAGUCAGAUGGCUUGUUGGAUGGCUUCUUCCAGAACAGAAAAUAACCCUGAAUGGACUAUGAGAACAGAAAGGGACAAGAGAAGCAUGUAGAUUGGGCCCUACUGACAAAAUCCCAUCGUGGGGUAUAAUUGGUCUCCGCCUUGAUGAAGUUCUCCCUCAGUGAUCCCGAUACUGCGAGGCCACACAAACACAACCGUUAUUCUGACUCCCACUUUGCAGCCCUGAGAACUGAGAUUCAUGACACGCCUUCUAAAGAUCAAGAGCCAGAUGCCAAAUCUUUGUCUGUCUCGACCUCCCUAUAGGGGACGGAGCUCUGGUGUGACAGUCAGGAGGCUCUUGGGGUCCAGUCCUCCCACUCAUACCCCGUGCACUCCUGGUCAAGGCUUGUAAACCCUGGGUUUCAUUUCCUUCCACUGUGAAAUGAAGGGACCGGAGGGCACGGUCUCUGAGAAUGUUCUCUGAAGUGGCUGGUAAGAAAGCAAUCACAAAUAUUGAGACAAAAUAUGGUCCAGAUUCUUCAUGCUGGUUCCCAGAUAUGAUUCAGGGAGGGAGCCAACAGAUAGAGGAGGCUACUUAUUUUUGCUGGUGAGGUCGACAGAUACUUCUUUCGAGCUCGAUCAAACAGGAGGUCUGUGCAGGCCACAGCGUCAUUGCACGUCAUGGGGCUUGUGUGCUCCCUCUCUCCCAGCCACUGCUCGAAGCCUGGGAGAACGUUUUUGAAACCAAUCAGGAAAUUACUUAUCAAUCUGCAGCCCCGCAGAGCUAUCAGGCUCCUCGCUGCCAAAGGGAAGGGGAUUUCGAGUUAAAGCUCCACAUCUGCGUGCACUAGAAUUCAAAGACUCCAGCUGUUGGAAGAUCUUGCGAGCAACAGCCAAAGAUGUUUAUCUUGCUCUAUGUUACAAGUUUUGCCAUUUGUGCCAGUGGACAGCCUCGGGGUAAUCAGUUCAAAGGAGAGAGCUACUCCCCAAGAUAUAUCUGUAGCAUCCCUGGCUUACCUGGACCUCCGGGACCCCCUGGAGCGAAUGGUUCCCCGGGGCCCCAUGGUCGGAUCGGCCUUCCAGGACGAGAUGGUAGAGACGGCAGGAAAGGAGAGAAAGGUGAAAAGGGGGCUGCAGGUUUGAGAGGUAAGACUGGACCACUGGGCCUUGCUGGAGAGAAGGGGGACCAAGGAGAGACUGGGAAGAAAGGACCCAUUGGACCAGAGGGAGAAAAAGGAGAAGUAGGUCCAGCUGGGCCUCCUGGAGCAAAGGGGGACAGAGGAGAGCAAGGGGAUCCAGGGUUGCCUGGAGUUUGCAGAUGUGGAAGCAUCGUGCUCAAAUCCGCCUUUUCUGUUGGCAUCACAACCAGCUACCCAGAAGAAAGGCUACCGAUUAUAUUUAACAAGGUCCUCUUCAAUGAGGGAGAGCACUACAAUCCUGCAACAGGCAAGUUCAUCUGUGCCUUCCCAGGGAUCUAUUACUUUUCUUAUGAUAUCACAUUGGCGAAUAAGCAUCUGGCAAUCGGGCUGGUGCACAACGGGCAGUACCGGAUAAAGACCUUUGACGCCAACACUGGGAACCAUGAUGUGGCUUCGGGGUCCACGGUCAUCUAUCUGCAGCCAGAAGAUGAAGUCUGGCUGGAGAUCUUCUUCACCGACCAGAACGGCCUCUUCUCAGACCCAGGUUGGGCAGACAGCUUGUUCUCCGGAUUUCUCCUGUAUGUUGACACAGAUUAUCUAGAUUCCAUAUCAGAAGACGACGAGCUGUGAUCAGGACUGCCGUCCUGAACGUUCCAAGAUUUUUGUGGCAGACACUUUGACUUAAUCUGGGGCCUUGGAAGGUGGAGGAAGCAGCAAUGAGAUCCAAAGAGACUCCCACUCAGAUUCCAAAGCAUUUACAGAAAAUUCUAGCAGAAUCUAUUAAAACAAGAUGAACCACCAAAUGGUUGAAACCACACCAAGAUGAAUUCUAUGAAACAAUAACCCCAGAUAAGAAUCCUCCUGAAAGCAAUGUUCAUAAAUAUUUAAGCAAAUUAAAGACAAUGUUAACAAAUUUCUGUUAAACUCCCUGAGUGAUAAAAUCAGCUGGCAAUGAUAUUGUCUCAUUAAAUCUUCAUAAAAUUACA